GAGUAAACUCUUUUAAAGAAACUCCUCCCUGAAAUACAGACUACGUUUGUUUUCAAGUUUAUUUAUUAUCUUCAGCUCAUACAUUUCAGAUUUUAUUGAAUCAACAUUGUCUGAAUUUUGUUCAACUUUUAUUUAUUUUGUUCAACGUUAUCUCAUUAUACCAAAAUGAGUGGUACAUCUGUUACAAUUACUCCUGUAACAUCAGGACAAAUGCCUCCUCCGUCAACUAAUAGUUCAUCUAAUAAUGAUUCGCCUGUUACAAUUACUCCAGUAUUUACGAAUAUGACCAUGGGAUCAGCUGGAGCCAAUUCAUCUUUCACUAAUAAAAGUUCCUCCUCUAUGAAUGACUCAGUUACUUCCAUGAACAAUUCCACAACCAGUAUAACAGCAACUAAUAGUACAACAGCCAAUAUAAGUGGUAUGAAAAAUGGCUCCUCUGAUGGUGGAAAAGAUUCUUCUAAUGUUAUGGUUUUGAAUAAACAAAGAUUACAAGAGUUGGUAAAUGAAAUUGAUCCAAGAGAACAAUUGGACGAAGAAGUUGAAGACUUGUUGCUUAAUAUAGCCGAUGACUUUGUUGACAAUGUUGUAACAAAUGCAUGUAAAUUAGCCAAACAUCGAGGUUCCAAAACAUUAGAAGUUAAAGAUGUGCAAUUAAUAUUGGAAAAGGACUGGAACUUAUUCAUUCCAGGAUUUGGGUCACUGCCAUUAGCUAAUGAAUUCAAGCAGCUUUACAAAAAAUCUCCAGCUACAGAGGCUCAUAAACAACGUCUAGCAUUAAUAAAGAAAACUUUAAAGAAAAUAUGAUUUCAAAUAUCAUCUUAAUCACCCAAUAUUCAUCCUACUCCAGUCCACAACAAUCGAAUGGCCCUUUAAUUUUGUAUCUAUAAUUUCCUUUCUCUCAUUGGCUAUUGCUCGAUAAAAAAUCAAUAAAAUUUAGCUCGAAAAGCUAAAUUGGUGUAAUCAAAUUUUCCUUCAUAUAAAAAUAAACCUUAUUGUAUUUGGCCAAA